AUGAGACGAACUAAUGAAUUAAUAACAGAAAAACGUGCUCAGAUUGCUAUUCUACGUAAACAAGGAUUGACACUGACUUCUAUUGCUGCAUGUUUUAAUGUAACACAUAGCUGUAUUAUAAAAACAUUAAAGAGAUAUCAUGAAACAGGGGAUUUUAAAAGCAAAGCUAGAACUGGACGACCAAAGGUAACUACUCAAAAGGCAGAUAAUCGUAUGCAUCGUUAUGCAAAAGCAUAUCCGUUUGCCAGUGCUUCUGAAAUUUCAUCUGAGAUAUUCCCCACAGGUGUUGCACCAAGUGUUGUAACCAUUAGAAGACGUUUGUACAAACAAUUUCAUUUAAAAAGCCAUGUUUCAGCAAAAAAACGUUGUCUUUCUUAA